AUGUCUGGCAGCGGCGAUGUCACCCUCUUCGAGGAGUCCUUCACGGUCACCAACUACGACCAGUCCAAAUACGAUAGAGUCGCCCGUAUCUCGGCCACCUCGACCGACAACCAGACGCUCAUGACCCUUGACAUCAACGUUGAGCUGUUCCCCGCCUCCGUUUCCGACAGCCUGCACGUGGUUCUGGCGACCUCUCUGGCCCACGAUGGCAGCAAGGACGACGAGAAGGGAUGGCGGGACGUGACCAAGGGCAACCAGGACCGUGAGCCGUCAUUGGCCGAUAUGUUCGACUAUGUCUGCUACGGCAAGAUCUACAAAUUCGAAGAUGCCGACGACGGUCAAACUAUCAAGGCCUACGUCUCGUUCGGAGGCCUGUUGAUGUCCCUCGAAGGCCCCUACAAGAAGCUGACCCCGCUGAGAGUCGACUACGUCUACCUUCUCAUCAAGAAAUGA